AUGCCCGAGGAUUCCAGCGAAAAUGUGGGAGGAGCAGGCUCAACUGCCUUUGCGCGCGCGCUGGAAGAAUAUAUCAACAAACCCCGAUCGCCGAGAAGCAAGACCCCCCAGUUUCUCAAAAAACUGCAAAAACAACAACGUUCCGGCUCAAUUCUUACUGGAGAUGCCAUCAAGAAAGACCUUUUCCUUUUGGAUCGCCAGGCGACAGAUCGCACAGCCGCUCGUGCUGCUCGCAAGAUCUUGGGACCGGUUAUACAGGUGCUGAAUACCUACUCAGGAAUUGUCGAAACUCUGGUCUCAGCAGAUCCCAUGCCUACGGCUAUCAUAUGGGGCUGCUUGAAGUCUGUGAUAGACUGCUCGCAGAGGUUCCUUGAACUCUACGAAAAGAUAUCCGAUCAGAUCAAACGCUUAAACACACACAUCACCGUGCUUACAGAAUAUGAAGAUUUAUUCGAUCACUCCGCUACGAUGCGGGAGCUAUUGCAAGCAUCGUAUAUCGACAUCAUUCGGUUUUGGCGAAGGGUUGACAAGGAGUGUAACCGCUGCGUGGCUAAUCGUGCCUUUCGAGCGAUCGCCCCUUUCAGUACAGAAAAGCUCGAUGGCAUUAUCACGAGCAUCGGAGAUACGGCCGACAGCAUGAGUCGUCUUAUUCCUGCCGUUCAGGAACGCCUAGACAGAGGAGAGCGGGAAAAUGCAGCCGAAGAGCGUCGGCUUGCCGGUAUCGCGCGAGAAGAACAAGCAGCACUUAUCCAAAUGUAUGCGGAAGAGAUGCAGAAACGGAAAGAAGAAAGGAGACUACAAAGGCAGGAAGAGGUACGAAAGUGGUUGCGAGAUGGGACUAUGCCACUGAAUGGGAGCAACUUUCGCCACCGUGACAGCAAGCUGGCGCAACGAAGCCCAGGCACUUGUGAAUGGGUAUUUGAGCAUGCGACUUUGAUAGAUUGGAUGAACACAGAUAGCCCAACCUCUCAAGUAUGGGUGAAGGCAUCUCCCGGAGCUGGAAAGACUGUUUUGACUGCGUCUGCUGUUGAAAAGCUGGAAGCGACCAGCGCUGAAAACGCUGCCGUCAUAUACCAUUACUUUACUUUUGAUGAAGAAUUUCCAGCCUUAUUGGUCUAUCGCUGCCUUGCAGAGCAGCUUGUCAACCGACUGGGAAGACAGACCGGCGACGUGCCAAAGGAUAUCCACAAAUUUACACAGGAAGGUGCUACAACCGCUAAUGUUGAAGAUGUCAAGCAAGUGAUCAGAAUGCUCCUGGAAGAAAUGACCGUCACCUACAUCUUUCUCGAUGGGCUUGAUGAGGAGUGCGAGACAGAGAACAGAAAGAAAGAGCUUUGCAAGGUGUUGGAAUUUUUUGGGGAGCUGAGCCGUGCUAUGCCAAGUCGCCUGCGCAUUUGGUACAGUUCUCAGCACCGCACCUGUCUCGAUGCUCCCCUCAGUAGCCUUCCAUCCAUCGAGAUCACGAAGGAGUUGAAUAGCCACGACAUUGAGCACUAUCUACUAGAAAAGAUUGAGGACCUGAAAAGUCUCGAGUUUGAUGCAGGGUACAUCAGGUUGAUUAUUGGUGAUCUGCGCGAGAAAGCCGACGGAUGCUUUUUGUGGGCUUCACUAAUGUUAGACUCUAUGUCGGACGCAGUGACCCUUCAUAAGGUUCAAAGUAUCAUUGAGGGAGGUCUUCCCGACAACUACGAAAAGUACUACCAGAGAAAGAUGGACAGCAUCCGGCCUGGUCUGAAGGAAUUUGCGUCGAUUAUUCUAUCAUGUAUCGUGCAUGCAAAACGCCCAUUACGCCUGGAUGAGCUUUGUGAAUGUACGGCGAUGGUGAAAGGCAUUGAAGGACAGAAUAUCGAUAGCAGUCAAAAAAUCAAGAAAAGCAAGGUGCUGGAGUUAUGUCAACCUCUUGUCCAGAUCCAUGAAAGCGAUGGGCCAGCCGGCACCAUCUCUAUCUGCACGCUGACUCAUGGCUCGGUCAAAAACUUUCUGUUGAAGAACCCAGGGAUCUUGGCAAACAAUUCCAAUCCACCAGCAUAUGCGCUCACAAAUGAUGUUUUGGCGAAUGUAUGCCUCAAGUAUCUCCUGCAGCCACGGUAUGAGCAACUUCUUACCAGGGAGGGCGAAACAUUCGUCGAUUGUGAUGGGGAAGACAUUCUUAACCACCAUCUUCUCUCUUAUGCCGCCAAAUACUGGGAUAAACACCUGGAUGGAGUCAAUUAUUCAUUGGACUAUUGCCAGAAAGCCUCAAGCUUUAUCCGAAGCCCACAGUUCUUCACAUUGCUACAAGUCCAGAGUCUCUUUGUCGACGGUCAAUUUCGCUUCUGGUACAGUACUUACCGUCCAUGGGCUGGCAGACAUAUCAAGCGCGUAUUCCCUCAUUGGUUGGAUGAUAACUGCAAUGAGCCCUUCGCAAAGGACUAUGCAUCCUUUGUGGGUGAGUGGGGACCACUAUUGGACCGUGAGACAAGCAUCACGGGCGCCUUCGCAGGCGAAAUCGAUCGAUGCUUUCCUGGGGCAUUGGGACCCAACAACUACCUUCACAAGGGACCCAGCCGUUACCGAAGUCUAAUGUUUACGGCAGAGACUGAGCCGACUGAGCCCCCAAUUCGAUGCUUUGAAGGGGUUGACGAAACGGGAAGGUAUUUGACAGUACUGAACCUGGAAAAGGUUAGCGAAGACGGGCUACAAUUUUGUUGCGAGCAUUGGCAUCUGAAUGGUCGCAAACCCGAGCUUCAAAGAACUCAAAAGUUGUAUGCAUCCGCCUCAACCUGGUCUCUUUACGAGUAUCCCUUGACGGAGAAUGUUCCGGGCCGACCUCGUCUGGUUUCCUUCACUAAAGACUUGAAAUUCAUUCGCAUUGGGUCUCAGCUAUUUGUCAAGGGCGUGGAUCAUGAUUAUACGUCCCUACCUGUGACUGAUCCCGACGAAGACUAUUUCGAUGAAAUGGCCAGCAACAACCAUAUGGUUGCUGUGUCAACAAGACGACAGAUCUCCAAGUCAGAUGUGGAAAUUCCAGGAGCAGUUACUGGCGAUGUGAGAAUUGUUGACUAUGCGGAUAUAGCGAUUCAAAAGCGAGAAGAAGAGCCAACUCCUACCGUUACGAAAAGCAGUGAUGACGACAGCGAUAGCGGGACCAUUGACACCGAUAUCACAUCAGAGUCUUUAUUGAAAUUAGAAGACCCAGAUGAGUUCCAACCAUCGACCGAGAAAGACAAGGCGCUGGAGCUCGCAACAAAGGUGUCGAAUUAUACAGACGAACUCAUGAAAAGCUCUUCCGAGUCUGCCGGAAAUUCGGCUUAUACCUCCUGGAGCGAGGGAUCCACUGAUCUUGAUGAUGAGAUGGACGACGAAGAGCAAUGGAAUGAUUGGGACCUCGAGCAUCUGGAACUGGAAGAGCUCGACGUCGAAGAGAAGGGAAGCUUUCUUGGCAGCGACAACGACGGAUACAGCAGCGGUGAUGAGAGGAAAGAUGCUUUGGAACUACAUGAUGAUCUCGCGAGCGAACUAUCGGAGUCAGAUAACGCGAGUGACGCAUUGGAAAAAAGAAGUGAUAUGCUACCAUUGGACUCUGAUGGUAGUGACGCUGAGAGUGUCGGUUCUUCGACGAACUACAGCGUCUCUAGCAGCGAAUAUGGCUCGGAUGAUGAAAACCGUGGCAUACUCGAAAACAUGAUGACCGGAAAUAAGACCACGAGCACCGAAGGGACUCGUCGCACAAGCAUUCGAGUGUGCGAUGCUACCAGAAAAGAACGCAUCCCCGUAUUCCACUUUACCUGCUUUAUUAAAGACAGGUUGUUCGACUCACCUCCGGUGUUCCACCCUUCCAAGCCCCUCCUGGUCUGGCCACUGGGCGACAGGGAGAUUCUGUUUGCCAACUAUGAGAAGAACACGUAUUUUACACGCGGGCUAUGUCGGUCGGGCUAUGGCAGCUGCCACAUCUUCAUUAAGGCACACUUCUCGAGUGACGGUCGGCACCUGCACCUCGCGGCAUUGGAAGCUCGCGAGGCUGCCAAAUCAGACAAGGAAGAAGCCUCUGUACUUCUCAGCCUGCAGGUCUCAACACACCGACUCUCCGAGCACAAGACUGCUAGUAGUCCGCCUCGAAUGAUCUUUCGCACCACUGUUGAACUCGGUAACACCCCUAAGUUGUCCGUGUCCAAUCUCCCUCACUUCCUAACAUGGAGCGACACACAUCUUUUCUUCACAAGCCGCAACAACAAGCUUGAUGUCCUUCGAGUUCCUCUCUUUCGCCCCCCGGGCGACAACGUGGACCUGAACAUCUGUUCCCUACAGGAACCCAUAUUUUUGCCACGCUCGGUCGAAGCACAAAACAUGUACUUCUUCCCAUCUCAGAAAACAACGAAGAAAACUUUACGAAAGAAGGACAUGAAAUCAGCAACACUUAUUCUAGGUGCACAGACAUGUCUCCCAAGUCAGGGAAUACUGGUACCCCGACACAUGUGUUAUCCCCCGAUCGCAGUAUUUCUGCGUGAGGACAAAGAUUUGGUCUGGGCUUGCAGGUCGAGUGUUGAUGAGGGUAGAAAGAUUAACAAUGCCUGUGGCAGGUUGAGGGGGAAGUUCGAAUCGUUUGAUCACAACGAGGAUUGUGAUAUUAUCCCGUAUUUGUUUUGA